ACAUACCUGUUGUGUGUGAUUCUGCGUCUUAACAUUCAACAUUUGUGACAGCAUUUAAAAAUUCCCUAAUGUACCGAAAUAUCUAUAACUUGUUUUGUAUUCGAUAAUUGAAUAUCGAUACUUAUUACUUCCAUGAAGUAGUAUCACAAAUUCAGUUUCUCUUUCCAACAAUGUCGUUCCACAGUGUAUCUUAUACUAAGGCACCUUUGUUUUUAGUCCAUGUGUAAACUCUGACGUUUUAAACUUGUAUUCAUCUAUUAAGCAUAGUAUUUUAUUUUUUUUGGAAAUCUGUAAUAAAAUUAAUAAUACAACAUGAUUACGUCAAUGUUUAAUUCACUUUUCAAAAAGACGAAAGUUAAUAAAAAAACUGAACCGGCUGAAAAUGUAGUUGCAGCAAGAAAAGACGUUGAGAAAUUGUUACUUGAAUUCAUUCAACCUAAAGAUAAUACUGACAAUGAAGACAAUCAUCCGAUAUCGAAAGCUUAUUCAGCCUUUGAAUUGCUAUCUCUUGAUGAUAAUUCAUCAACAAAAGAGAAUGAUGAGUUAGUUUUUGAUGAUGCUAGUGACACUAGCAAUGAUACUAAAAGUGAAUCAAGUAGUGAAAGAAAAAGUAAGCUUUCAUUAUCUAGUGAAGAUCAAACCAAAAGUAAAAUGAUAAACAAAUUGAAUAAUUUACAAUGCCUCUUUACUUGGAAUUUAAAAGGAAAAAAUAAAUAUAAUUUAAGUGAACGUAUUAAAAACAAAUAUGGUGAUUUUAAUUUGGAUAUUUCUCAACCAAAAUUUACAUUUGAAAGGUUUAUUGGCAAUCUCAUUAUUAGUUAUGAAAUGUUCCAUAAUGAAGAUAAAGAAGUAGCUCAACUUAAGGUUUUAGAAAUUGGUAAAUGGCUCGAAGAACUAGAUAACGGUUCCGAUGAAUUUUAUUUAUCAAUUAAUAUUGGAUUGAAACAUGUUACAAUGUCUACUUUUGCUCACAUGGUGUUUGCAACAAACCUUAUUGAACAAAGUCGAUGGUUGUUAGAUGAUAUUGUACCUUUCCCAAGUUUAACUUGUAAACCAAGAGCAGCUGUGCAUGCUGCAAGAGCUGCUGUGUUAAUUGAAUAUGGUGGUAAUUCAGGUUACUUCAAAAAAGCCAAUGAGUGUGCUAAAAAAGCAUGCGAUUUGGAUCCUACGAGUUCAUAUUGGUUUUAUCUAUAUUCCAUUGUAAUGAGUGCACAAAGACAAUUCUUACAAUCUUUUAAGUCCUGCCCAACAGAAAAAGAAAAAACUGCUAUUCAAAAUGCAAUUAUGUUAUCAGACGGUAAAAAUACAAAAUACAAUUUCCAUAGAAUGGUGUUGGACCGAGAAACUAUUGUUAGUGAGUUUCAUGCUGACAAAAAUAACAGAGAUAAAAUUAAAAUGGAAAAAAAUAUCAAAGACAACCGAAUGAUUGUUAAAAUGAUUAAGACAAUAUUAAGCAUGGACCCAGAAGAUCCGCAUUUAAUAGUUCAAUGCGCAAAAACAUUAAUUACACUUCCAUAUAUGGUACGAGACAUACAGUUAGGAAAAGAGUACUUGUCUCGUGCAAUUCAAAUGGCUCCAAAUGACAUGACAGUUUUAAAAGCUGUUACAAAUGUGAUUGAAGUAUCUAAAGAUAUAAAUAAGAAAAAGAACUCUGAAAAAAAUCAACAUCCUGCAAAGGUCAAUCAGUUGGGAGAGGAUUUACGCCACAUAGUUGAAAAACAUAAAAAAAAAGAAAAUGCUGUUCCUUAUCUAACAGAUCUGGUGGCAAAAGUUAAUAAUAAUAACGAUAAAUGGAAAAUAGUGUCUCAAAUAUGUUCAUAUUCAAUAUUGUUCAACAACAAUUUAAGAGCUGGUGUCGAACAAUUUAUGAUGCUUAUUGAACAACCAAACAUAGCUAACAGUAAAAUUAUUACGAAUCAUUAUUCUUCGUUUAUCAAUGGAUGCAAUAUGAUUAACUUGGCAGAACUUGUUGUUAAUGAAAUUAGCUUGGCGAUAGUAUCGAGUAAUACAUUAAGUCAUGACUUGGUAUACUAUGUUCAAGUUCUAUCAAAGAUUUUGGAAACGUGUAAGCUGAAUAGAAAAGACGCAGAUCCACUCAUGUGUUCUAAUAUAAAAAGUAACUCAUCAGUGAUGUCAGCAUGUUCGAGUACAACAUAUCAAAAAGAAAAUAAUUUGAUGGAUAAUGAAAGUGUAGAUUUAGAUAGUGAAAGCGUACACAAAAGAAGAACCCGUAAUCAGAAGUCAAAACAUUUGCCUAAUACUAAAGUGUUUCAUAAAUCUGAAAGUGGUAAUAAAUCUAAUAAAAACGCUAGUUCAAAAUCUAAUCAAAACACAAGUUCAAAAUCCAAUCAAAAUGCUAACUCAAAAAAAAAUGUUCAGAGUAAUGCGCAACAAAAGAAAGCUAAAGAUGCCGAAAUGAAGUAUAAAAUGGAAAAGUUUUUAAGUUCUACACCGACCCCUGUUUUUCCCACAGUCCAAGUCAAUGACCUGGGUAGUUUACAAACUCAAAGUGAUAUAGAAAAAUAUGCCAAACAACUAUAUCAGAAUAUUGUUAAUCGUUCUAAUCAAAAGCCUCCUAAUGCUAAUCCAAAUCUAUACCAACACUUCAAUGACAACAAUCCCGGUCCAAGUUUUUCCCAACAGCCACAAAAUAUGUUCUUUAACAGUCAAGUACCACUUCAGAUACCAAAUCUGGCGACCAUGCCGCAACAAAAUCCACCACCCAGCUGGAGACCACCUAAACCGUAUGUUCAAAAGAAGAAAUAAAAAUACAUAGUUUUCCUACUUUUUUUCUUCAAUUAUUCACUUCUAAAUUAAUUAAGUUUCUAAUUUUAUUUUUUUUAUAUAGUUCUAUGAUAUUUGUAUUUAUUUUUAGACUCAAUACUGUAAAGUACAUUGGCCCACAUAGAAAUUGGCAUAAAAUCUAUAUUAAUUUGCCUAAUUUAUUGUUGAUAAAAAACAUUGUUUUAAUUGAAAUUUCAAGAGAUGGUGUAUACAUACAAAGAAUGUAUUUUACACAUACUAAAAAAUAUUAUUAUUAUUAUCAUAAUUUACACCAAUGUAACUUUGUUGUUUACCUGAUUUAUUAUACACUUAAUUUCAGACUGUUUUA